UUCUUUUUCUUUUGGGCAGGCGGAACCUUGCGCCGAUCGUUGCGUCAACUCGGACCUCUAACUGAAAGCAAACGCCAAGGUAAACCCAGGUUCCCUCCCAGUUCGUACUUUUAAUAUCAGUCUUGUUUAAGAUUUGUUUUGAAGAAAGAGAAUGGCAGUCAGUGCGGUUCAUCUAGAGUCGGACGCCUUCCUGGUGUGUAUGAAUCACGCGUUGAGCACAGAGAAAGAAGAAGUGAUGGGUUUGUGUAUCGGAGAGGUGGAACUCACCAGGGUCGUCCACAUACACUCCGUCAUCAUCCUCCGCCGGUCGGACAAGAGGAAGGACCGGGUGGAGAUCUCCCCGGAGCAGCUGUCUGCCGCCUCCACGGAGGCCGAGAGGCUGGCCGACACGACAGGCAAGCCGAUGCGGGUGGUUGGCUGGUACCACUCCCAUCCGCACAUCACCGUGUGGCCCUCGCACGUCGACGUCCGGACUCAGGCAAUGUACCAAAUGCUGGAUCAGGGCUUCGUGGGCCUCAUCUUCUCCUGCUUCAUCGAGGACAAAAACACCAAGACGGGCCGCGUUCUGUACACCUGCUUCCAGUCGACCCAGGCCCAAAAGGGUUCCGACUACGAGCGUGUGGAAAUCCCGAUUCACGUUGUCCCGCGCGAGACCAUCGGUAAAGUGUGCCUGGAGUCGGCCGUGGAGCUCCCGCGGAUUCUGUGUCAAGAGGAGCAGGAUACGUACCGGAAGAUCCACAGCCUGGCCCACUUGGACCCGGUCACCAAGAUCCACAACGGGUCUGUAUUCACCAAGAACUUAUGCAGCCAGAUGUCAGCAGUGAGCGGACCGCUGCUGCAGUGGCUGGAGGAUCGCCUGGAGCAGAACAAGCAGAUCAUUGCGGCGCUGGAGCGGGAGAAGGAGAGACUGACGCAGGAGCUGAGUGCCCUCUGAGUGGGUGAAGGAUGGGAGAAGAGUUGAUUGGGACACAAUUUUUUUCGGGGGGGGGGGGGGGGGGGGUGGUAUGUUUGCAUUUCCUUCUCUGAAGUGGUCAUUGAAGUUAUUCCAAAUACAAUGUUGUCUAAGUCAAAUGUUUGCUCUCCGAACAAGGACAAAAAAAUAACCCAACUUGCUUAAGUUGGAGCACUAGUGAAGCAAAGCAAUGUUUUUUUUUGUCUUUUUUCCUUGCAGGCAGUGGUAAACAGAGCAAGUGCCUAUAUUUGAGAAUUUAUACUCUCCAUUGAUCAUAUACAAUUGUAUGCUUUGUUCUCACAAGUAAGAAAAUUAAGUUCACUCCUACAUCUGCCUCACUUGUUAAGGUUUUUUUCCCACUAAUACUACUGUGACAUUUCUGAACACUGGCAAAACAAGUAGAGCACGAUAGUAACACGUGUUACUCGUGAGGCAGUCGUGACUAAAGAAAAUCUGAUAAGGUGUUAAGAAUUGGUACAUGUCUCUAACAGAGCCCAUCUAACCAAUCCAUGUUAAACUAAACAUACAAUUUGUUAAAGAAAAAAAAAGCAUUUGUAUUAAUGGACGCCCCCUUGUAAAUACUGUAUACUGUACAUAAAUGGGAUAUACAAGCUUAGCAAGUUUUCGAUCUUAUCUCAUAUUUUAUGCACUACACCCAAGCCAAAUAAAUCUGUUGUGGUGUUAAUAAAACUUGA